UUUACCAGUGGGGACAAUUUCGAUGUCCUGGAAAAGUUUCAUAUAAAAAGGAAGCGAGGUGAGUGGAAAAGUCACAGAACUCAACACACCUCGAAGGCCGCUUGGGAUCCUUUUGACACUUUGCCUCCAAACAGUUCCUUAGAAUGGAGCCCACUCCCAGACUCCUGGCUGGACUCCUCCUGCUGACCCUGUGUGUGCAGGGCUGUUCCAGCCAGCACUGGUCCUAUGGAUUGCGCCCUGGAGGAAAGAGAAAUGCAGAAAGUUUGUUUGAUUCUUUUCAAGAGGUAGCCAAAGAAGUUGAUCGACUGGCGGAACCCCAAACCUUGGAAUGCACCAUCCACCAGCCACGGUCCCCCAUCAGGGACCUGAGAGGAAUUCUGGAAGGUCUGAUUGAAGAGGAACCUGGGCGGAAGAAGAUUUAAAUCUACUAGGCCAGAAGGAUGGACAAACCUUGACAUUGAAAUGUGUGACCCAUUCCCUAUCUGUAAAUCGUGUGAAUUUCAGAAAUUCUUACCCCAAGCUGCACGUAUUUCACAAUAAAGUGUUGUGUUGGGAAUCAAA